ACCGGAACCGAACUGGACGCCUACUUAGGACGGUAUGGAUGGGGCCACUUAUCGGAGAUCCUACCCCAGAAAUCUCGACGAGAGAGUGCUUCUCAAGUGGACGAAUAUUUCGAGGAAAACAUGGAGUACCUUCCCAACAGUCAUUUUGACUUUGCCACAUGUGAACCUCCUGUUCAGAUUGGUGGACAGCGCCCGUUCUCCGUCGGUUCCCGACACUGCGGCACGUUUCCUGGUAUGGCCGAAUCUAAUGACGAUGUGUUCCUGAAACCAGCACCGGUACCGAUGCCUCAGGUGAAACCGCCUUUAAGUGGGUCGUGGGAAGACAGCACGGCCAGUAUGAAGUCUGACCACGAGCAGGCCGAGCUCGUUUCCGAUACAAGCUUAUUUCCACCCUGCCUUUAUUCAACAAGUAGCGUGGAACGUGUUUCUGUUAAACUCUCGAACACGCAAGCAAUAACUGUUAACAAGUUUCCGUCCAGCAACAAAAUCUCCCUUCCUAUGUCCACUACAAGUCCAGUGUUGUCACCACACACAAAGAACAUGGCUUCGGAAUAUAAUUUACAGACAUAUAGAUUUUCUACGGGGUCUUACUAUGGUUUAUCCAGGAUUUAUACGCCCCCAAAUUCCGAGCCAGGGAGUUACUUACAUGGUCGGAUGACUGCGCCACCUCCCUACCCCGUUACUUCGCAAACCACCUUUUCCCUACCACCACCCCUAACGAGCAGUAUCCAAUCAGAUGAGGUCAUGAACCGAAGAAAUAACCCAGAGGUAGAGAAAAGAAGAAUUCAUCACUGCAACCAUCCUGGUUGUAACAAAGUCUACACCAAAAGUAGCCACUUAAAAGCUCACCAGAGAAUCCACACAG